CCGUUUCCCCGUUACACCUGAUUGCUUAAUGCGUAGGUUAAGGGACGUAACCUCCACCACGUUUCCAGCCCCAGUCGUCGUCAUCAUUUUCAUUCCCUCGAUCACUUUGCCUAUAAAUAAUUAAAAAGAAAGGAUUACAUGAGAGGAGUGGAGUGAUCGUACACUCAGCUUUGGAUCAGUCAUGGAAGGUCUCCCUUCUGGUUAUCGUCCCAACGUUGGAAUCUGUCUCAUCAACUCUGAAAACCAGGUAUUUGUGGCUUCAAGAUUAAAUGUUCCUGGAGCAUGGCAGAUGCCUCAGGGUGGUAUUGAAGAUGGUGAAGAGCCAAGGUCCGCAGCCCGUAGACAACUACGUGAAGAAACUGGAGUAGUGUCAGCUGAAAUUGUGGCUGAGGUUCCUCAUUGGCUGACAUAUGACUUCCCUCCUGCUGUAAAGGCCAAAGUUAAUCGCUUAUGGGGAGGUGAAUGGCAUGGGCAAGCAACAAAAUGGUUUCUCAUGAGAUUAACUAAAGAUGACAGUGAAGUCAACUUGGAAAGUGGUGAGGCAGACACCGAGUUCUCAGAGUGGACAUGGGCGGAUCCUGAAGAAGUCAUUGAGCAGGCAGUGGACUAUAAGAGACCAACAUAUGAGAAAGUUUUGGGAACCUUAAUGCCUUACUUCAAUGGAAAAGAGGCAUCGGGUAAAACGUAGAUUCAGAACAUGCGCAGGUGAAGGGUGUGGUUUUUGCUCUGUUGGUGGUUUAACUUGAUAAAAUUUGUACUGGAGUAAGCUUUGCAUGUUUGUUGUAAAUGACAUAGCAUUACAAUCUUCAAACUUGAAAUGUUGUUUAAUAGAAACAGUAUCUUUGGGCUGCAA